ACACCCCAGAUCAGAGGGUGGCGCUAUUGCGCUUUUGCGGUUAGACAGUAGAUGAACGAAGUCCCUUGUUGCUAGGCAACUGUGCAGACGCCGGAAUUGCGUGGUCAUAAAAGACAUGGCGACCAAGAGGGGGUUCGUUUUCCCCUUCCAUUUUAUACUACGCCGUUAUUUUGUAAUGAUAUGCAUCAUAUUCUCCUUUAAACUCGCCUCGGCCACGGUGGAGGAGGCAUUUCGUGCCGGACAGUCCACGCUUUCCCAGGUGGCUGCAGCAUCACGUGAUGUGCGGUAUCUGCUGUAUGACGUGAAUCCACCUGAGGGAUUCAAUCUUCGCCGGGAUGUGUAUAUUCGCAUGGCCUCUUUGGUAAAGACUUUGAGGAAAGAGGGCGAUUGGGUGUUGGUGUUGCCUCCUUGGGGUCGGCUGUAUCACUGGCAGAGCCCUGAUAUCCAUCAGGCUCGCAUCCCCUGGGGUGAAUUCUUCAGUAUAACCAGUUUGCAGGGCAACAUACCUGUCAUAGAGUAUGAGGAAUUCAUUGCUGAGUCUGGGGGUCCCUUCAUCGAUCAAAUCCUCGUGCUGCAAAGCUAUGCAGAGGGCUGGACUGAUGGGAAAUGGGAGGAGAAGGUGCACGAACGUCCCUGCAUUGAACAGCUCAUGUACUCAAGAGACAAACAGGGCUAUUACAGAGGUUGGUUUUGGGGUUUUGAGGAGACCCGUGCUCUGAAUGCCACCUGUCUGUCUGCCCAGGGACAUGCCUCCAUGCUGGCCCCCAUGCUACAGAACAACAUCACAGCAACGUCGGUGAUGCUGGACAGGGCGGAGACAGUCCUUCAUGAUCACUAUGCUGGAAAGGACUACUGGGAUACACGGCGAAGUAUGGUGUUUGCCAAACACUUGCGUAUCAUAGGGGACGAGUUUAGGGCCAAGUUUUUGAACUCAACGGAUAAAGAGGACCAGACACUCUACAAUGAAGACUGGACCAGAAUAAAAAACAAACUAGGCAGUUCCAGGGGAGGCCCUUACCUUGGAGUCCACUUGCGCAGAAAGGACUUCAUCUGGGGUCACAGAGAAGAUGUGCCCAGCCUCAAAGGUGCAGUUAAGAAGAUCCGUAGUCUCCUGAAGAAACUCAAGCUCGAGAUGGUUUUUGUUGCUACAGAUGCAGAUGGAGAAGAGCUAGCUAAUCUGAAAAAAAUACUACCUGAGAUGGUCCGAUAUGAGCCCUCCUGGGAGGACCUGGAGCUUCUUAAGGAUGGAGGGGUGGCGAUCAUAGACCAGUGGAUCUGUGCACAUGCAAGGUAUUUCAUUGGAACAUCCGUUUCAACCUUCUCUUUCAGAAUACACGAAGAAAGAGAGAUCCUAGGAUUCGAUCCCAAAACUACAUAUAAUCGUUUCUGUGGUGACGAUGAGAGCGGUUGUGAGCAGCCCACACAUUGGAAAAUUGUCUAUUGAUAGUCAGAGAAAGCACGGUGCUAAUCACACAGACUACCAUUGAUUUAAGAGGAUUAUAUAUAUUUGAAAAUGUUCUUCGCUGAUGCAGUUGAAAACCCAAUAGAGUGACAGUCAUCCUUAGAACAUAUUGAGAAGAUAAUGAUACACGAGCCAAAUGGAAACUAUUAUGUUGCUUUUAUCUUAUCUCACAUCACUCACGACAGAGUAUAUCUUGAAAUGCUGCUAUAUUAUCUUACAGUUCUCUGAUUUUGGAUCUGUGUAAUACACUGUGAUGAGUUUUUUGAAAAUCAAAAGUUUUUUCCUCAUUCCAAUCCACGUCUUUCUUGUCUUGUUGUUCUUGAUCAAUGAUUUUGUUUCAUCACAAUUUCUGCCUGUGACACGAACAAAUAACAUGUGAACAUACAUCUUAUUUUAAAUAGUAUUUCUACUCUGCAAUAAGGCAACAGUAAUGUUGUCUUUAAAUUUAUGUUAUGGUAUUACUUUUUUUCUUUGUAAGACAAAAGAUAAACUUCAAAUGCCAAAUUGUAACGACGCAUGUCUAUUCCUAGACAUGUUCAGUAUUACCACUGUAUAUUUUGAUCUGUGCAUUGUUUAUAAAACAUUAAAAAAGGUGUUUUAACGAUAACAUACGAUGUAAACGUUUAUCAUUUUUUACUUUGUCCUGUCUUUUAUAUUCUUACCUUGAUGUAUGGCAAAAUGCACAGUGCCUUUUGUUUUGGGUAGAAUGUUUUCAGUAUUUUAUUACAUAUAAAUGGCCAGAUGAUUGCAAGAUUAAUUGUUAUCUAGGUUUUCAGUGAUGUUUUGUAAUCUCUCUGGGGGAAUAAAUCUCAAUCUGGUUUCAUUUAGAUUGCAAUCUGUUUAGCUCAAAGCUGUACAGAUCAUUUUACAAUACCUGUGGGUGGAGACCAUGCUUUGUCAUUUAUGCUUACAGACAAGAGGCAGGAGAGAUGUUUCACAGUUCUUUGUUCUGUUGAUCAUUCUGGAAAAACUGCUUUUUGUGUAGUUUUUAUAACCAACAUAGUGCUGUGUUACUGUUUAUUAUUAUUAGAUUUUAAUAAAAGACUUUUUACGUGA